AUGCGGGUGCACAGAGAGCGGGUGCACAGAGGCGGGUGCACAGAGGGCGGGUGCACAGAGGCGGGUGCACAGAGGGUAGGUGCACAGAGGGCGGGUUCACAGAGGCGGGUGCUCAGAGAGCGAGAGAGCGAGUGCACAGAGAGCAGGUGCACAGAGAGUGGGUGCACAGAGAGCGGGUGCACAGAGAGAGGGUGUUCAGAGGGCGGGUGCACAGACGUGGGUGCUCAGAGGGCGGGUUCACAGAGGUGGGUGCUCAGAGAUGCGGGUGCACAGAGAGCGGGUGCACAGAGGCGGGUGCACAGAGGGCGGGUGCACAGAGGCGGGUGCACAGAGGGUAGGUGCACAGAGGGCGGGUUCACAGAGGCGGGUGCUCAGAGAGCAAGAGAGCGAGUGCACAGAGAGCAGGUGCACAGAGGCGGGUGCACAGAGGCGGGUGCACAAAGGGUGGGUGCACAGAGAGCGGGUGCACAGAGGGCGGGUGCACAGAGGCAGGUUCACAGAGGCGGGUGCUCAGAGAGCGGGUGCACAGAGGACGGGUGCACAGAGGGCGGGUGCACAGAGGCAGAUGCACAGAGGGCUGGUGCACAGAGGCUGGUGCACAGAGGGCGGGUGCACAGAGGCGGGUGCACAGAGGGUUGGUGCUCAGAGAGCGGGUGCACAGAAAGCGGGUGA